AUGCUUCACAGUAACAAUUUGAAUCCUACCUCCUAUUCGAGCCUUCCAAGCUCCAACAAUGGCAGAUCAAGAACAAAAUUCCCGCAGUGUUUGAGCAAAGCCUGGAUAAUCCCGUCCCUCCUCUCCUUCCUCAUCGCGAUCGCCUGCAUCUACACAAUCCUCUCCCCAAACCUCGACCAAAUCCUCCAGAUCUACAAUCGCACAACCGCCAGCGCCGCGGCGGAGGAAGAGAACUCCGAUUCCGAUUGCGACGUGUUCCACGGCCGCUGGAUCGAAGACGAGUCGUAUCCGCUGUACAACUCGACGAACUGCCCGUUCGCGGAGCGCGGAUUCAGAUGCGCCGGCCGGAAGGACACGGACUACACAAAGUGGCGGUGGAAGCCGAAGCAGUGCGAGAUCCCGCGGUUCGACGCCGGGGCGGCGCUGGAGCGGCUGCGGGGGAAGCGAGUGGUGUUCGUGGGGGACUCACUGAGCCGGACUCAGUGGGAAUCGUGGAUCUGCAUGCUGAUGAGAGGGGUGGAGGAGAAGGGGAGCGUCUACGAGGUGAACGGGAGCAACAUCACGAAGACGAUUCGGUAUUUGGGGGUCAGGUUUAGGGAUCACAACAUUAGCGUCGAUUUUUACAGGUCCGUGUUUCUGAUGAGGAAGAGUUAUCAGGUGCCUGCGGGUGCACCCAACAACGUCAGGAUGACCGUUAGAUUGGAUCAGAUGGAUGAUAUCAGUGGACGGUGGAUCGACGCCGAUGUGUUGGUUUUUAACUCCGGUAAUUGGUGGACCGAGAACCGCCUUUUUAACGAAAUGAGAUGCUUCUUCCAAAUAGGGGAUUCGUUGGAGCUUGGAAUGUCUGUGAUUGAUGGUUAUAAGAUGGCAAUCAAUACAUGGGCUGAUUGGGCUGAAGCCAAUAUCAACCCUAAUAGAACUGCAGUUUUCUUUCGCACCAUUGAAUCCACUCAUUGGAGGGGUCCAAACCAAUGUGAUGUGAGUGAGAGGCCAUUGUUGGAGACAAAGGGGAGGGACAAGAGUGAGAAAUCAGACAUAAUAAUGGAGAUUUUGAGGAAGAAGAUGAAGAGAGUUCCAGUUACAGUGAUGCAUCUCACUCCAAUGGGAUCUUACAGAUCCGAUGCGCACGUGGGCACGUGGGGGGACAAUCCAGCAAUCCAAGAUUGUGGCCAUUGGUGUCUCCCUGGCCUCCCAGAUGUUUGGAAUGAGCUUGUCUUCUCUUACUUUCUACCUAAAAUUCAAAUAUAA